GUCUACGCACGAAAGCGCAUGCGUGUCGGCGCAAUUGAUUUGGUGCAGUUGUUGCUUCCUCGGAGGUGCUCUAUAGUUUUUGUUUAACCUAACAAUUCAAGAUGACGACAUCAUGGAGCGACAGACUCCAGAACUAUGCAGAUGUUCCAGCCAACAUGGAUGGAAUGUCCAUGAAGAAAUACAGACGAGAAGCUCAUCACAGCUGUCCACGGGAACUGGCCCAGUGUCACCCAGCAAUGAGGGUUUUUGUGAACAGAAGUUUGGCGAUGGAGAAGAUCAAGUCCUUUGGCUUUGAUAUGGAUUACACUUUGGCAGUGUACAAGUCUCCAGAGUAUGAGUCACUGGGCUUCGACUUGACUGUGGAGAGGCUGGUCUCUAUCGGUUACCCUCAGGAGUUGCUCAACUUUGUCUAUGAUCCAGCAUUCCCCACAAGGGGUCUAGUGUUUGAUACCACCUACGGAAACCUCUUGAAGGUUGAUGCCUAUGGCAACAUUUUGGUGUGUGCACAUGGAUUCAACUUCAUGCGUGGGCCUGAGACCAGGGAACAGUAUCCAAACAAAUUCAUCCAGCGUGGAGACACUGACCGCUUCUACAUUUUGAACACACUCUUCAAUCUGCCAGAAACCUACCUAUUUGCCUGCCUGGUAGAUUUCUUCACUAACUGCUCAAGAUACACAAGCUGUGAAACAGGCUUUAAAGAUGGGGACCUGUUUAUGUCCUACAAGAGCAUGUUCCAGGAUGUCCGAGAUGCGGUGGACUGGGUCCAUUUCAAGGGAUCACUGAAGGUGAAGACUGUUGAGAACCUUGAGAAGUAUGUGGUGAAAGACUCCAAAUUGCCUCUCUUGUUGAGCCGAAUGAAUGAAGUUUCAAAGGUGUUCCUGGUCACAAACAGUGACUACAAGUACACUGAUAAAAUCAUGACGUACCUGUUUGACCUUCCCCACGGCCCACAAACUGGAAGUCCUCAUCGGCCCUGGCAGUCUUACUUCGACCUGAUCCUGGUGGACGCCCGCAAGCCGCUGUUCUUUGGUGAAGGCACGGUGCUGCGACAGGUGGACACGACCACUGGGCGUCUGAAGAUCGGCACGUACACGGGACCUCUGCAGCAUGGCAUAGUGUACUCUGGAGGCUCAUCUGACAUUGUGUGCGACCUGCUGGGCGCCAAAGGAAAGGACAUCCUGUACAUCGGAGACCACAUCUUUGGCGACAUCCUAAAGUCCAAGAAACGCCAGGGCUGGAGGACCUUCCUGGUGAUCCCCGAGCUAGCCCAGGAGCUACAUGUGUGGACAGACAAGAGUGCCCUGUUUGAGGAGUUACAGAGCCUGGACAUAUUCCUAGCUGAGCUGUACAAACAUUUGGACAGCAGUAGCAAUGAGAGGCCGGAUAUCAGCUCCCUCCAGAGGAGGAUUAAGAAAGUCACCCAUGACAUGGACAUGUGCUAUGGAAUGAUGGGAAGCCUGUUCCGCAGUGGCUCACGGCAGACGCUGUUUGCCUCGCAGGUGAUGCGCUAUGCUGACCUGUACGCCGCCUCCUUUAUCAACAUGCUCUACUACCCGUUCAGCUACCUGUUUCGAGCCGCCCAUGUGCUGAUGCCCCACGAGUCCACAGUGGAGCACACAAACAUGAACAUCAACGAUACCGAGUCGCCCAUGGCCACACGUAACCGCCACGCGCUGGACUUCCGCGACCACGAGUGCAAACGGCACCAGCUCACCCGGUCCAUCAGCGAGAUCCAGCCACCACACCUCUUCCCCACGACCCCCCAGGAGAUCACGCACUGCCACGAUGAAGAUGAUGAUGAAGAGGAGGAAGAAGAAGAAGAGUAAAAAAGGCAUUUGGUUCCGCUUACUGGUCCGUAACUGGACUUUUACUCAAAGGUUUGAGGAAGGGAAAAGUGUAGCCUCUUUAGGCUUGCAGGAUGUAUUUGGCAAUCAAUGUUUUCCCCUGGAUUUCUUUUUUGGAGAGAUGUUUUUCUUUAGUAUUUUCAUCAUUAUGUGUUGUGUUCUCUGUCGGUAUGAAUAGUUUGGGAUUAGGUCAACUGUAGAUUUUUUUUUUUUUAGGAGAACACUGUUUAUUUUUAUUUAUUUAUAUUUACUGUUUUUUUAUUUAUUGUAAAUGGGAGACCCAUUUACAAGGACUGUUUCACUGACCAAACUCCUCUUCCUGCCUGCUUGUGAUGAAGACGGAGAUGGACCUGAGACUUUUUACUUUUCUCUUUCUUUUUCUCCUUGUCUCUUAUCGAAUCAUUUGGUUAAUGUCAAGUCGAAAGGAUUUUUUUUUUGUCAUAUUGUGUUGUGGCCAAGGCCAUACUAAUUGCUGUUAGUUCUGAGGGAACACAAGUUGAAGUUGAUGGGGAUCCAAAUGGUGCAUCCAAAAAUGUGCAUGCUUGGGUGUUAUGAAUCUGCUUUAGGUUUCUGAGUGGUUUAUUAUGCUGUAGCCAUAUGGACAUGCAAUAUACUGUCAGCAGCUUUAAAUCUGCAUGGGAGCAGACCAAAUGAUGCAGUUUGGUCGACGCAAUCGCAGCAUCCUUUUUCAUUGACUACAUCUACAUCUAACCAAAGUGUCAAGACACGUUCAGUGUCAUUCAGAACAGUUUGUGUAUGCUCAAACUAUCAUAAGCACAACUUAGCAUAAGCAUAACUUUGUGGCUGAGGGAAAAAUAAACAGUUUUGGAAUAAGACAAUGGAGCAAAAAUUCAGACCUUACCUAUGCCUUCACAUUUAUCGUCCAAAAUGACAACAGAACAAAGACGUAGACAUGAAAACAUCUGUGUGAUAUAGGUGAGCUGACAGGGCUUGUGGAUGAAGGGGAUGUGCUUGUGCAAUCAAAGAGGCAAAGGAUACUGGGAAUGUUACCUAUUUCUGUUACUGGGAAACACUUGAGGUUCUAUUCACUGAGCAGCUGAUUUGAGCUGGAGCUGCCUUGAUGCAUUGCUCAACAGAUACACACAGGGCUAAACAUGCCUUGUUGUUGGGCCCUCCAACCAUCUCUGAUAAUUAUAGACAGUUCUAGAUGUACUGCAGAGCUAGCCAGUGCUGAGAUUAUUUGCACUUGUGCCAGAGUGGAGUAGGGAUUUGUUUUCUUAUUUCAUUUAUAUUUUAUUUGCUCCUUGUAAAUGCUGGAUUUUUGUUCUGAUUUAAUACAAAGACCAGUAUUUGUUUGAAUGUGUGUGUGUUUAUGUUUUAUUAACUGAAAGGUUGUUAUUAUUAUUCCUCUAUUGUGAGGCAGAUGGGACCCUGUCCAAUGGCACUCAGUAGUUUUUAAAAGGGAUUACUUUGACAUGUAGCAGAUUUCUAUGACUAUGACUAACUUUUGUCAGCAAGUAUGGUUACACAAAUGGAACGGAAAGAGAGCAAGUGGACCAAAAUGGCCAAAUUCUGCUCCAUUGCUUGUUCCUUCAUGCAGGCUUGACGUUUUGUGUAUAACACAGACUCGUUGCCCGUUUUAAAUUAUACAAUUACGAUCCCAAUUCUGUAUAAUGUUAAUGGUUUGAGAUCGUAAUACAGACAAAUGUCUCUUUGCAAGGAACUGUAAUGCAUCCAAGACCACUGUUAGGUGGGGGAUGUUGUCUCUUUCCAGAACAUUCUCUGGACGAUACCCAUAGUCAGCUUUGUCAAGGUAAAUGAUGUGAUUUGAACGGAUCUGUAUUACAUAAUUAAUUGAGCGCAAAAUAUGGAACUUUGCCUUUUGGAGUGUGUGAAUGUGUGUGAGCUAUCACUGUAGCACUGUAGCUGGGCAUAUGAGUGAACAUUAUGAAGGGACUCGAGUUGCCUUAACUCCAUAUGUCCUUUGCUCUUUAUUUUUGAUGGUCCAUGUGGGAUUGUUACGGUUGUGCGAAAUGGUUGAAUUUACUGGUUGAAUUUACUGCCAUAAGUAUAUUUUUCUUUGCCUUUGUCAUGAUAAUCUUUAUCUUACUAUGACCGAACACUCCUGUUCAUUAAGUUGUUUAAAUGGGAAUGCAAAUACUGCUAUAAUGUCAGUUGCCUGCUGUUUAGAAUUUUCCGGUUAUUUUGUUGUUAUUGUUUUCUUACUUUGUUUUCUUCUUUCUUUUUUUUUUAAAAUUUUAUGUCAUCAAGUGUUGGUUGUGCAUGUUCUUGCUUUCGAUUCAAAAUCCAAAUAAUUGAAAUAUUUUUUUUCCCCUCCUUUAUGUUCUAAAACAAGCGAAAAUAAAGUUCUACAAGGUUCUUUCGCG